UCAUUUAUUGGUCGAGGAGUGUAUCUAAUUUGAUUGGCUGGGCAGCUUGUCUUAGUUAUGGACAGAAGCUCGAUUGAGCUUGUCUUAGUUGUGGCAGAAGCUUAAUGGGUGGUUUUGUAUCUUACAUAGCUUCUUCAACUAUUUUCUUUGAUAUACAACACAUCUUUGUUUUUUUUCAUUUAUAUAAAUUUACAUUGCGCUUGGAUUUCAGGAGAGCCAGAGGAUUUGGCAAGGGAGCGUGUUCUUUGUCAGAGUUGGAUGAAUUGGUUUCCUUACUGGAAUAUGAAACACCGGACUGUACUUCUAACAUUGCUUUUAGAGUGUGCUUGGUGCAUAUUCAGGUCUGAUGCAUGUUAGUUUCCAUAUCUACAGUCGACUCUCUUUACCUUCUACUUAGGGAGACGUCAUUUUCUCUUAAAUUGAAGUUUGUGGAAGCUGUUCUUUGCUUACAAGCAGGACCUAAGUACCCUGAGGAGCCACCACAAAUCGACAUUAAGGAGUCAAAGGGUCUUGAUGAGGAACGGAAAGUACGUUUGUUAAAUAUCUUAAUGGAGAAAUCCCAAGAACUGUGUUCAAGUCUCAUGCUUGUAGCACUUUGUGAGGAAGCAGUGGAGGCUCUAACAAACAUGAACCAUCCUGAUGGGGAUUGCCCUUUAUGCUUGAAUACUCUACGUAAAGAUGAUACAGAAGGCGAUUUCCUGCCAUUUAUGAAUGAAUGCAUUAUUAGGUGGUGGAAGUGGCUCCAGGAGCAGAAGGAAACAAAUCUGAAUGCUUCAAAUGUCUCUUCUUCACAAUCUAGAAAAUUAGAGAGCUCAGAUUCACAUGGAACAGUUAACCCGAAUCCUGGACUCUGUCCUGUCUGCCACGUGGUAUUUCAAACAAAGGACAUCAAACAUGUCCUUGAUUUGGUUGGAACCAAUUUAUCUCAAACGAAAUUACUGGGCCUGAAAUUGAGGAUGAAAAGGAGGUCUUGCAAUCUGAAGCUGAAAAUGCCAGAAGAAAGAAAUUUGAAGCCGUGUUGAAGUUACAAGAAGAGAAUAGUGCCAUUGAACCAAAGAAAAACGAAGUAUUACAGCCAGGAAUGUUUCUUCCAGAACCACCUGUGGUGCAACCUCAGGAGACUGCCGAACCGAUCACUGAACCACGACAACAAACAGAUCCAGUCUGCACCACAGGAGACUGCCGAACCGAUCACUGAACCACGACAACAAAUAGAUCCAGUCUGCAAACCUACUCUUCCCUCUGGGGGUCAAAAGCAAAGAACAAAUCGCGAGAUUCAAGAGAACAGCAAAGGAAGUGGAUCCAGAAAGACAUUGGAGUUUGGACAGUAACAGAGAAUGUGCUCACGACAUUUUCUUUAUUGGUUCGUGAUGAAGCAAGUUUGUAUUGCCAACCUUAAAAUUAGGCCAUAUUAUACUCCUAUCUACUAGUGUAUAUGAUGGUGGGAUACGCUCUCGAUAGAACUUCCCUGUUUCUGGUUCUUAGCACAGAGAAGCAUUCCAUAUCCCACCCUACCCCUAAAGCCGAAUUAAACAGAGACUUAUAUAUACUGUUGAGCUGACUUUGAAUGAAGCCCAUUGAGUUUUUAUUUACUUUUUCUA